UUUUUUCUUUUCUUUUCUCGUUCAGAUAAUCUAGGGUUCGAUAAACAACUUGUUUGGAUCAAGUGCAUAUGCAAAGUUAAUGGAAAUUGACGUAAAUCGAUACCGAAAACCCCUCUUCUUCAACGCAUAUGAAUCAUCUAUUGUGAUUAUAACGUCGUAAGAACAAUUUACAGGGUUCUCAUAACAUUUAGAGACGUUCUCAAGGAAACAUCGUCUGUUGAAUUAUUUUCUUAUUCGCUAUUCAAAUAUUUCAUAUCGGUUAAUCGUUAUAAUUUAUAUUUUUUUAAUUAUACGAUUGUAUGUAUAUGCGUGCGUGCGUGAGUGUGUGUGUAUAUGUACGCGUUAUAAAAGAUUAACAUUGUAAUAUUAUAUUUAAUCCGAUUAAGAAUUUGCCUUUAGUUGUUUUGUUAUUAUUACAAUAACAAUGUCUACUACGCCAGAAUCAUUGAGAAAAGUUUCAACCGGAUUGAUUUUUUCUUGCAUAAUUGGCACGAUUUUGUCAUAUUAUGCAUUUAUCGUAGAAACUACGAAAGAACGUGAUCAAUCUUAUAAACCUUUGUGCGAUAUUAAUGAAUAUAUGAGUUGCAGUAGUAUAUUAACGUCUCGAUAUGGCAAAGGAUUAGGAUUAAUAUCAAAUAAUUCUCCAUUUUAUUUUCCAAACAGUUUGUACGGUUUGGGAUUUUAUCUUUUAAUAGGAGGAUUGAGUAUGAUAAACGAACAUUCCAGCGUGAUCACGAUUGUAUUUAUAGGAAUUUUAUCAAACAUCUGUUCCGUUUAUCUAGCAUACAUUUUAUAUUUAUUACGAAGUAUUUGUAUAAUUUGCAUAAGCAUUUACAUCACCAACGCCUUUAUCUUAAUACUUGGUUUGAAAAAGUUACGACUUUUAACAGAAAUUAACAAAAAGCCCAGAGUAAAAGUUCAAUAAUUUCAAAUCACAAUGCGAUAAAAUGUAAUAAUCAUUGAACCAAACAAAUUUUCAAUCUCAUUUGUUUUAGAUAUAUACACACACACAUAUAUCUAUUAUAUAUAUAUAGAGAGAGAGAUAUAUUUGCCAUUAAUUUUUUGUUUUAUAUAUCCUAAUAAACAUAUUUAUUAUAAUCAUU